AUGGAGCAACAAUUUCUAUCGCUGUUUGAGUCAGCUAAGAAAUCGGCAGAUGCUGUGACCACUUCUACUUCAACGUCUCCUGAAGUUUGUCGAUGCCUAGAUGCUUUGGACCAGCUUAAGAGGUUCCCCGUAACAUCAUCUAGGGUUCUUCUCUCCACUCCAGUUGCAAAAGGGGUCCAGUAUCUUACAAAACACCGCUCAGAGCCGAUCAGGACUGCUGCUUCUUGCUUGCUUGAUACUUGGAGGAGGAAACUGUACGCAAGAAACCCUGCCGUUGAUGGUAAAAUUCAGACAGCAAAAUCUGGCAAUGGGUCAAAAACUGAGACUCUUAUUGUCAAGAUACACGGACGAGUAAUAGGAAGGAUUAAAGUUAACAUGCCUAUUAAGACAGAAGAGAAUCUAAAGAUUGAAGAGAAGAAGAUAAAACAAGAGAAAGAAAAUGGGUUCGCUUGUUUCAAGAAACCACCACAAGAACCUGCCAUGCGCUUCGCAAAGCCAGGGGAAGUUAAAGGUAUCGGGCGUUGUUUCAAGAAACCACCAGAAGCAUCUGCCAAGCGCAACACAACGCAAGAAAAAGUGAGAGAUUCUUGUCGUGGUUUCAAGAAACCUUCUGCCAAGUGCAUUACACAGCAAGAGAAUGUGAAAGAUUCCUGUAGUUUCAUCAAGAAACCAUCAGAAGAGCCUGUCAAAUGCAGUGAUGCCUUGCGUCGCAAGGUAAGACACAUUCUUGUGGAGUCGAUGAGCAGAGUUGCCAAGGAGGUUAAAAAGGACUUGAGGGAAGCAGUAAGCUCCCGGGAGCCAAUAUGCGUUGCUGCGGAAGUUGAAUCAGAUCCAAAGAAUCCAGAUUUGAGAAGAAAAGUUCUUCUUGGACAAAUUAAGGCAGAGAAACUUGUGACUAUAACAUCAGAAGAGAUGGCUAGCAAUCAGAGGCGAUUCGAGAAUGCGCAAAUCAGGAAGAAAUCUUUGUGUAAGAAGAUGAAGAAUGGACAAGAAGAGGACAAAUCAAGUAUUCCUACGGAAUAUUGA